CGUCGGAGAGUGGGGCUGUGCCACUGAUCUGAAUGGCGAUUGCAGGCCAUUACAGGCACGGGGUGCUCUGAAAGCACCCACUCCCUGCGUACCACCCAAUAGUCGCGAUUUAAACUGCUGUAACAACAAACCCCUGAGGGCAUCAAGAGAGACGCUGCAUUGUAUAAUCACAGGCUGAGUGCUUGCAGUAUAGUCCGAUUGCUCAUGACAUCAUAUAUCUAAACACAGCGAACAAAUCGCACUCCACUCUGUCAGUCUGUCUCUGCAGAUUUCGGCUGGUUAGAGCAGGAAGCUUUCCGCUAUUCAGAAGCGUGUGCAUGCAGAGGGGAAAGCAACAAUGAAGCUUUUCUUUGCUGGUUACUUUUUGCUCCUCUUCCCUGCCGCUGCUCUCAGUACGAGACACAGUUAUGAGGAACUGGAAAGAAAGCUGAAGCAGAUUUCCUCAGAGAAAAGUAGCCUCCUUCAGCAGCUCUCAAAAUCAGCCACAGAAUUGCAAGGAAUGAAAGGAAACCUUCAGAUCUUGAAAACCGAUGAGGCAGUUGCUAAAAAUGACGUGCAGAAACUCUUGGAGAUCAACCAGAAGCAAACAGAUGAAAUGAAAUCUCUUCAGGAAACCCUUCAAAAGCAGAUCAAUGAGGCUGCAGUGAAAGCAGAAAAGCAGCAGGCUGGGAUUAACUUCCUAAAGGCUGAAGUGGAAAGGAAGAGCAAACUGAUAAGAGAUUUACAGCAAGAGAAUAAAAGUCUGAAAAACAAACUUCUGUCUGGAAGCAAGCAGUGUGGCAUUCAUGCAGAGCAGUCCAAAAGAAUCCAGUCACAGCUUAAGGAGCUACGCUAUGGGAAGAAAGAUUUGAUUUUUAAGGCACAGCAGCUGACUGAUCUGGAACGCAAACUAUUAGCAGCUAAACAGGCAUUGGAAAAGACAGCAGGUGAUAAGGAAUCCCAAAUGAAAGCUUUGAAGGAGGUGGCACAGCUCUGUGUAUCUGGAGUUCUAAAGAACCAACCUCCGUUUUUUGGCAUGAACCCUCCCAGAACUACAGAGAAUGGAAUGCCAUCAACUAAGAACAGCUCCCGAGCUCCACUUCACCAGACCAACAGAAAGAUCCCGGACACCUCCCAAAUUGAAAAUACCGGCUCACCAAGAAAAGGGAUGUUUCCCAAUGUGACCACAAACAGCAGUGAUCAAGAUUUAGUGGAUUGCAGCUCUCACAAUGCCAGCAACAAUUGUUCGACGAGUCAAGACGAUAAUCCUCCACCUAAGUAGGAAUUCAACUGAUGCAAGUUGAUCUCUGCAGGGGAAUACCUACGAAUCUUCAAGGUUGAGAAGCAGAUCACAAAAACCAGAACAAAAUGAAAAAAAAAUUAGAGACUGUGGUUACUAGUCAUGAAAAUGCAAAAAUUGUCUGUUGGGGAAGUGCAACACACAAGACAGUAGAACAGUUUUGCAUUUAAAAUGAUUCCCUUGGCAAUCACGUCAGCAAUUUUUGUUCGAAGACAGUACAAACAAUUUACUCUUUUUUUAGAUAAACAGAAUAAAACUAAGGUGGUUAGAAGUGCAUAGAAGGCUAAUUAGAGCUUGUUUUUCAUUAUAAUUAAUGGCAAUAGUGGAAGAAAGCUGCAAUAAACCAUUUUUCUUCAGAGACUAGCUUGCACUAAUGUCAUCGACUUGACAAUGAAGUACUUAGUAUGUGUUGUAUGCUGAUGCUGUUGUGAUUUUUGUGAUCUCUAGUUCACUGGGAAUAGUGGAAAAGCUGAUUAGUCACUGAAGUCAACAAACAGGAAUCUUGCUGUAGUUUGAUAACAAGUUUAAAAUUAGGAGCAGAAGUUCAACCAUAAAACAUUAAGUCAUUAGUAAGAGAGUACAUGAUCAUUCAAGGAGCUGAUUGGAAUCAUUAAAAAAAAGCCUCCUCCUAAUUAACUGUUCACCAAAAAGAUACUUCUGCUACCAAAGUGAUCUUUCCCGAGCAGAUUUUUUACUUAAAAAAGAGCAAUAAUGUAUCCAGAGGUUUUUUUUUAGAAAUAAAGGAACAGUCACAUUUUGCUUUAUUUAAAUGAAAAUUCAUUUCCUCUAUGUUAUGAGUGUAUGUGAUUCUUUAUAUGACCCACAGGUUUCCCUUAUAACCGUGUCUCAGUUGGCCAUACUGUUGCUGUGAGGAAUGGGUUCAAGUCCCACUCCAGGAUUUGCGCACGCACAUCAAGGUCACCACUCCCAAUUCACGAUGGGGGAAUGUGCCCACUCUACUGGGGUGCUGUCUUUCAGUUUUCAUGUUAAAUCAGGUCCUGCCUGUCCUUGCUGGUGGAUUUAAGGACCCAAGGCAUUAUCUCCAAGAAGGCCAUAGGAAUUGCCACUGCUGUCCUAGAAAAAUGACAUCCCGCAAUGAACAUUAGGCAUCAGGACAUAAUCACAUUGCUGUAUGUGGGAGAUUACUGUGUGAUAAUUGGUUGUCAUGUUUCUGACAGUACAACAGAGAAUACACUUCAGUUACUUUAACUGGAAGGUGCAUUGGGUAUCCUGUAGUUGUAAAAGGCACAAUAUCUCAGUAAGAGUUUCUUUUCUGCCUGUCUGAAGCUAAUACACCAAUUGCCACACUCGAAAAGCAGUAACUAAAUUUCCCCUGCUCUACAAUAUAGUAUCUUCUAUUGCUAUAUAUUCAAUGAAAAGUAUUUGAGCAUGUGCACACAAUAGAUCUCCUCAGAAAGUGCUCACUGAUUUAAAAGGCACGUACAAGAUAACCCCUCACACUGACACAAAGCCCCAACAUGUUCUUAACAAGAGUUAUAUCAGACACAAAGGUUGAGCUCUGUUUCUCUCUCCAGAAGCGACAAGACCUGGUGAGCUUUACCCAGCAAUUUCUGGUUUUAUUUAAGAUUUGCUACAUUUGUAGUGUUUUACUGUCAUCCCAAUAAAUAGAAGCCAGGCAAAAAGAAUAGCUGAGAUAACAAGAUGUAGAGCUGGAUGAACACAGCAGGCCGAGCAGCAAUAGGAAGAGCAGGAAAGCUGAUGUUUCAGGCCUAGAUCCUUCUUCAGAAAAUCCCGAAACAUCAGCCUUCCUGCUCCUCUGAUGCUGCCUGGCCUGCUGUGUCCAUCCAGCUCUACACCUUGUUAUCUCAGAUCCUCCAGCGUCUGCAGUUCGUACUGUCUCCAAAAAGAACAGCUGUUUCUUUACGUUUAGCUCAGAUUGAUAUUUUUAAAUCAUUCCUUAGAUGUUUGUUCCUUUUUUUCUUUCCAGAACCCCUGGUUCACUCCCCUCCCCUUGUUUGCCUUUUGCCUUUUUCUCCCUUGCCCCAGUUUUCUUUCCUUCAUAUUUCAAGCUCCUUCAGCCAUUAAUUUGUACCACCUCAACUGACCUGUAUCGUGUCCUGACAAAGUUUUUACACUCUCCAUUCUGUUCCGAUGUUCUUGCAUGAGGCAAAGGAAGUGGGGGCAUUAAACAGUUUUGGAAAAUGGGCUGCUCAUCAUCAUCACAGGGUCACAGAAAGUGCUGGAGUCAAGCAGCACCUGCAAUAAGAGAAAUAGAGUUAACAAUUUGACAUCAAUACACAAUUCUUCAGAACAUGCUGGUGAGGCAUAUCACACUUGACAAGUCGUUUCUACUUUUAGUUCGGAUCUCCAGAAUCUGCAGUAUUUUGUUUUUAACUAAGACAUGCAACCAAUUGAUUUUUGACACCCAGUUAUGUACACUGUGUUGCCCUGACUGUGCUGUACAUCUGAGCAGAAGCUAGGAUUACAGCAAAGCCUUAAUGUAUGUAGCGAUCACCACUUUGUGGAGAGCACAAGGACUACUUCUCGAAAUUUGAGUAAUGAAUCCGAUCUUCUGGGAUGGAUUGAGUUAUGUUAUUCUCUUAGAUGUAGAUGUCGCAAUCACACACAAGAAUUAGGAAACAAAUUAUGUGGCUUUCUAUUCAAAGAUUAGACUAUAAACAAACAAUCCUCACUAGGGAGUCUGUGAAAUAAUGUCUGACCUAGUCCACUGCUGUUUCCACUGACUCAGAAAGCCAUGGGACUAAUGUGUCACAUUCGAAUCUGAAGACGGUAAUAAUUAACAGUAGAUUAAAAUACACUCCCUUAAAAGUAUAUAUCACCACUUUACAACAUUUCCCCUUUUUCUAACUAUAAAUUUACCCAUAAUGAGUCAGAUUAUUUACAUCACUUUGUGACUGAAUGUAUUUUAACAGCAAGUAAUAAAUUUACAUGUCUCUAAAAGUUAUUAGCAUUUUUCUUAUCUAUUCAGUCUUAGUGAUGGUAGUUUUUGCUAAAGGCUGUGAGACAUUUUUGGAAUGCCAGGUAGGGGUAUUUUUGUUAGACUGCAUCUUAGACCAUGUUCUAAUUCCAAAGGAUUAUUUGGUGCUUCUGGUGUGAUGUUGUUCUGAUUUGUCUUCCGUUUCAUUGCACUGUCAUGCCUUUUGAUGUUCUUACGUGAUGUAGUCUUGCUUCUGAUCAUGUGCUGAUGGUGUCUGUCGCAAUCCAGGUGGGCUAUCAAUCAGAAGAUGUACUCCAACCUCUGGUUGAAUGUUUGACAUUGGGUAGUUAACUACCCAGAUCCUGCAUGAUAUUCAGAGGCACCUUUCACCUUACCCUGUUUCUUGACUAAUGCAUCACACACUCCUGCGCAUUUUGGUCAAUGAUAACAGGGGAAGGAGAUGGUUAGUGGGCCUGGAGGGUGGAGGAGAGAGUGGGUGUAUACACCCGGCAGCCCAGUAGUACUUUGUGUCCAUCAAUGAGAUGAAGUGUGCAGGUAUACCGGUUCUGUUCACAAGGUGUCAUGUAGCCAUUUGACUGGUGAUCUACAGUAUAGAGCUAAGUGAUCUUCUCCCACUAUAAGUGCUGCAUUUCUAAUGGUGCUCCUUGUGGGCUGUGGUCCAUAACAUUGUCUUGGAACUCUUGUCCAAGGACAAAUCCCUGCGUGCUGGCACUCGUGAUCAUUGAACCCCUGGUGUCCACAGUAUCACUUAUCUAGGGUGAUCAUGGUGAGUUACUUAGAGAUACUCAAGUUUAAAGAUCCCAGGGAUGGAAUCUCUCAAGUCAUAGCAUUCAGUGAGUUUGGUGUCAACUUAUCGAAUGAUUACUUGCCAUUUCUGUGGAUACUUACAUGUCGGUGUGCAAAGUGGACAAAUGUUUGCAUCUGCACAAAUAUUGAACUUGUCAACGAAUUGUGCCAACCCUGCAUCAGUGGGCAUAUAACCAGGUACCGUAUGAUUCUUUGGCCUGAGGACAGGAGCAAAGGCUUCUGUUGGCAACACCAUGCCAAUACAGUUUUUUAUUGUACAUUCAUUCUUGACAGAUGUGGCCAACAUUUAUUGCCCAUUGUUAAUUGCCCAAUAGGCAGUUAAGAGUAAACCACAUUGCUGUGGAUCUGGAGUCACAUACAAGCCAAACCAGGCAAGAAAGGCAGUUUUCCUUCCCUAAAGUCCUUUAACCAACCAGAUGAGAUUUUGUAACAAUCAACAGUGGUUGCGUGGUUGUCACAACAUUAGCUUGUAAUUACUUUUUUUAUUGAAUUCAAAUUUCAUCAUCUAGCCAUAGUGAGAUUCAAACACUUUUCCCAGAACAUAAAAUGCAAUUCUGAAUUACUAGUCCAGUGACAUUAACACUGUGGCCCCACUCCUCAGGCUGAAUGUCAUUCAUUUUGUGCCCCAACGAUCAUGUUCAUUCUUUUGAGCUGAUUGUUUAGCUUGGUGAGACAUUUUGUGAAUCUUGUCUGAACACUGUUUGAUACAUGCUCUAAAAUGCUGUAUCUCUUCAGCUUUUGAAUGUGGCUCCUCCUGGAGUUGAACCUUUCGUAUUGAUCUUUGUUUUCUGCGUGGAGGCUUUCAAUGUCCUAUGCUGCGAAGUGCUCUGUAAGGAUUCUAUAAAAUAUAAAAUGGCUAUUUCCUGAUAAUAUUAACAGGGAGACUGUAGGUACAUGCCUGAAUCCAUCUAUUUCUGCUUCCAGCUAACAUGUCAUGGGACCAAUACAUUGCAUUUUGUCUCAAAUUGGUAGUUAUAAAAUUAUACACCAAAGAAACCCGUCAGUCCAACAUUUGCAUGCCAACCAGAUGCCCUGAAACUGUCCUAUUUUCCAGCAUAAAGCCCAUAUCACUCUAAACCCUUUCAAUUCAUGUACCCAUUGGGAUGCCUUUUAAAAGCUUUACUGUACCAGCCUCCAACACUUCCUCUGACAGUUCCUCAUUUCAUUCAUGCACCACCCUCUGUGUGAAAAGUUGCCCAGAGGUCCCUUUAAAAUCUUUCCCCUCUCACUUAAGCCUAUGGCCUCUAGUUUUGGACUCUCCUACCCUGGGGAAGAAAAAAAACCUGAGCUCUUCACCCUAUUCUUGCCCCUCAUGAUUUUAUAAACUUCUAUGAGGCCACCCCCUCAGCUUCUGAUGCUCCAAGGAAAGAAGUCCCAGCCUAUUUAGCCUCUCCACAUAGCUGAAACCCUCCAACCCCGGCAACAUCCUUGUAAAUCUUUCCUGAAGUCUUUUAAAUCUCACAACAUCUUUCCCAUAGCAGCGAGACCAGAAGUGAAUGCAGUAUUCUAAAAGUGGCCUCACCAAUGUCUUGUACAGCCGCAACAUAGCAUCCUAACUCCUGUACUUGGUGCACUGACCAAUGAAGGCACAUUUGCCAAAUGCCUUUUUCACCACCCAGAGUGCCUGUGACUCGACUUUCAAGGAAUUAUGCACCUGCUCCCCAGGUCUCUUUGCUCGGCACUGCUCCCCAGUGCCCUGCCAUUAACUGUAUAAGCCCUACCCUAAUUUGCCUUACCAAAACGCAACAUCUCACAUUUAUCUAAAUUCUAAAGACCCAUCUGCCACUCCUCAGCCCAUUGUCCCACCUGAUCAAGGUCACAUUGUACUCUGAGAUACUCUGUCCGCUACACCUCCAAUUUUGCUGUCACCUGCAGAAUUACUACUCAUACCUCUUAUGUUUGCAUCCAAAUCAGUUGUAUAAAUGAUGAUAAACAGUGGACCCAGCAUUGAUCCUUGUGGCACACUGCUGGUCACAGGCCUGCAGUUCAAAAACAAGCCAUCACCACCCUCUGUCUCCCACCUUCAAGCGAAUUUUGUAUCCAAUGGCUAUCUCCCUCUGGAUUCAGUGUGACCUCACCUUGUUAACCAGUCUGCCCUGUGGAACCUCAUUGAAACCAUUGACAGUAGUUUACAAUUUGCCCCUUUCACCCCACACCCCCUCUCACCAACCACUCUUCAAAGUUUAUGUCAUCUAAUUGAAGCAUACUUGACUUGUCUGUGUGUGUAGAGGUGUGGGCUAAUUCACACUUAAUUGCCAGCAAGGAGGAUGUCUUGAAAUCAGCCCUGUUUAUGUGAAAAUGGAUUUGCAAAAUGAUUUUUUUUUAACAACUGCCUAAUGCAACAGACGUGGCAUCUGGCAAAAUUUUCAUUUGUGUCUGAAUUAUUGUAUGUUGUAAUCCUGUAAAAAAAUUAACUUUGGGGUAAUAAUGUGAUAGUUGAAGAACUGUUAUGAUGGUUGUCUGUUGUGAAAAUCUAGGCUUUAAUUGCCAGAAAACAAAAAAAAUUACAAACUCCUGAUCAUUUGAGCAGUAAUGCAGCAUACACAGAAAAAAUGGGGAAGAAAGAAAGAUGUAGACAGAGGUUAAGAGUAAAGGAGAUGGUCUUUUUAGUGGAGAAAGAGGGGUAAAUUAUGAACAUAGCUGGUGCAAGAGGUAGAUAUAGAGACAGGGAGAUGGAAAAACAUAGGACACAUGAAUCCUGGUCAGCUGGGUGAUAGGGAUGAAACAAGAGCUAGUGGCAGAGCCGGAUUCACAAAAAAAAGAACAAAGAAGAGGUACCUUGUUGCAGGCAGCAGCAAGAAAUGAUCUAUCAUGGAAUUAGUAGUGCUUCUGGGUAGGAAACAGUAAUGUUGUUACACUGAGGGCAACACACAAGAACACACAUUCACAAGAACACAAAGACAUUUACAUCUGAAAUAGAUAGACAGGAAAUCUUAUUGCCCACAGAACAUGUUCUGUCAAGAAAAUAAGAAGGGUGGUUGUCAGAUAUUUGCAGUUUUGGAUCAUAAACUGCUUUCAUAUUCAAUGAUGUCAUGGGAGAUUUACUGACCAAUCAUUGAUUCAUCCGGUGCUCUCCUAUUCAGGCCAGUGUAAUAUCUGGAUUACAUUUUUGAUGUAAAACCUUUACCUUGCUUAAAAAAAACGGUUUCAGAGUGAUUCUAGGAAUCUCUACAGUAUUGUCCAUUUACUCAUUCCUGGCAAAUUUCAAGCCUCACAGAUAUUCAUAAUGGGGUUGAACACUUUUGGAUACUGAAGGGAAGCCUCAGAAUUGGAAUUAUUGCAAAUACCAAACAUCAAGCAGCACCUCCAAACUCACAGGCGCUAUCUUUGAUUCAGCAAAAUUUCAAACAGCAGGUGUGAUUCCAGAUUGAGUGAUUGACCUGUGUUUGUGAAGGAGUCAUUGUCAUGCUGUGAAUUAAUCUGUGCUUUUGAAUGAAGCAACUUUUUUUUACAACAUUCAAAAACAUUCUUUUUUCCCCAAUAUCCUGACAAAUUACACAAAAUUUAAGGAAUUGCAGUCAAAAUUCUUGUCUUUAUAUAUGUUGUCAAUAAUAAUCUGAUGAAUUUCAAGUGAAGAUUCUAAAAUGUGCAGGGAAAUGAUUAGAAUGGAUAUUGAUUACAUUGAACACCUACAAAGCAGAUACUUAAAUAUAUAUAAAUUCUUCAUUUUUCCUUUUCAUCCAUGUAUUCUCUUGACUGUUUCUUAAUACUGCCCAGGCUAUGGGGCAAGACCAAUUACUACACAAAGUUCUAUGAUAAAAAUUUGAAUAUUUCAUAGUUCAUUUUAGGCAUUGUUAAUUAUAUGUCACAUUCAUUAUAAUCCAGUGAACUGAAUGUAGUAAACAAGUGAAAUGAAUUCUCCUGAUAAGCAUUCCAAUAAUUUACAUGUAAGGUUUUUAUCUCCUUCAGAGAGUACAUCAGUCUGGUGUGAUGUUUGUCAUGUUUCAUUCAAUUGCAACCCCAAAAACUCAGGGUCAUUUAUUAAGAUGGGGAGGUGCCAGUGUGGGACUGGGGUGGACCAAGUCAGAAGUCACACGACACCAGGUUGUAGUCCAACAGGUUUAUUGAAAUCUCAAGCUUUCAGAGCACUCAUUGCUCUGAAAGCUUGUGAUUUCACAUAAACCUGUUGGACCAUAACCUGGUGUCGUGUGACAUUUGACUCAUUUACUAAGGACUAGACCUCUCUAGCUUAACAUUUGUGACAUCAGUAGCCUCUUCUUUCUAAAGCUGCAAAUAGUUUAGCAAGCUGUUAGGGUUUUAUGACAAAAGGAUAACUUGCAAAAAAUUGCAAAUGCCUGAAACUGCAAAAAUUUGACUUAUAUGAUUUCACAACAAGUCAUUGCUGCAGGUGCAUACUGUUUAGUUUCAUUCAGUUCAGUGCUCAAAUCUGAACUUUCCAUUUCUUGUGGUACAUAGAAAAUAAAUAGCACAAAUAAAAGUUAAUGCCACCUAAUUAAUUUGUAUGAAGACAUGUUUUAGUUAUGUUUAAUUUUGGUAACUUUUCUGACAAAGAUUCCUUUUGUAUAAACUUGUCAUCAUUUAAUUUUAACUUCAGUUGUAUGAGAAGAUCUUCAGCUGGAAUGUAUGUUUGUUGUAUUGUAAACUGUUUCUUCUGUGUAUCAAAACAUAGUUUAGAAGUGUCCAGCAAAUAAGCAUUUAUUAUGC